UCCGCCCUAGUGCGCAUGCUCCUUGGGGCCACGGCUCUCCGACCGGCUGAGGUAGUGUCAGCUCCUGUGAAGGAAGUUUCCGCUUUGCACCCCACCCGGAUCACAGCUCGGUUGUAGGGCCGGCUCCCUCCGGCUCCACAUCAGCGCAUCGGGAUCAUGGGCUUGCCCAAGGGUCUGGAAGGCCAGGGGCUCCCCGAGGUGGAAACAAGAGAAGAUGAAGAACAAAAUGUCAAGUUGACUGAAAUUCUGGAGCUCUUGGUUGCAGCUGGGUAUUUCAGAGCAAGAAUUAAAGGCUUGUCUCCUUUUGACAAGGUAAGAGGAAGCCGUGCUAACCGCUAUGCUAUUUCUUUGAAGGCUAUCAUGGUUAACCAAGAUAGCGGAGGUCAACUGGCUUCUAGCUUUCAGAUGCUGCAUGGUUACUUAUGGCUGGUCGCACAGGUCACUGAAUCUGAGCAUCCCAGGUGCCCAGCUGGGCGCUCUUGUCAUGGAACAGUUGAGCUCAUGGUUUUUCCCCACUUGGUCAGGUUAGUCCUGUUGAUUUGCGUUCACAGGCUCCCCAGUUUCACUGCAGUAGGAGUCAGCUCCUCUCCCCUCACACUUCCUCAAUUUCUUCCCCAGUGGCUGGUGAAACGAGCUAUCGAAACAAAGGAGGAAAUGGGCGACUAUAUCCGCUCCUAUUCUAUAUCCCAGUUCCAGAAGACCUACAGUCUCCCAGAGGAUGAUGACUUCAUAAAGAGAAAAGAGAAGGCCAUCAAGACCGUUGUUGACCUCUCAGAAGCCUACAAGCCCCGUCGAAAGUACAGACGACAGCGGGGAGCAGAGGAACUGCUGGACGAGGAGUCCCGAGUCCACUCCACGCUCUUGGAAUACGGCAGGAGAUACGGACUUAGCCGCCAGAGCAAAACAGAAAAGGCUGAGGACAAGAAGACGGUGCUUGCUGCAGGGCUGUCAGCUGCAGAGAAAACGGAUGCUCGUGAAGAAGAUGAGCUCCAAGCAGCCGAAGAGCAACGUAUUCAGUCACUGAUGACCAAGAUGACCGCUAUGGCAAAUGAAGAGAGCCGUCUCACUGCAAGCUCCGUGGGCCAGAUCGUGGGUCUCUGCUCUGCCGAGAUCAAGCAGAUAGUGUCUGAGUACGCUGAGAAGCAGUCAGAGCUGUCGGCUGAAGAAAGUCCAGAAAAAUUAGGAACCUCCCAGCUGCAUCAGCGGAAAGUCAUUUCCUUGAAUAAGCAGAUUCUGCAGAAGACCAAACAUCUAGAAGAGCUGCAAGCAAAUCAUACCAGCCUUCAAGCCAAGUACAGUGACACGAAGACGACACUGGCAGAGCUGAAGAGCCAUGCUGAGAAGCUAGACAAAGAGCAGGCAGCCCUGGAGAAGCUGGAGGCCAAAGCUGACCCGAGCAUUCUGCAGAGCCUGAGAGCCCUCGUAGCCAUGAAUGAAAGUCUGAAAAGCCAGGAACAGGACUUUAAAGCACACUGCCGGGAGGAGAUGGCCCGGCUACAACAGGACAUUGAGACCUUGAAAGCUGAGAGAGCACCAGGCGAGAAGACUCCCCCCAACGGAGAGCCACAGGGUACCCUGACCUCCACCAUGACUCACAAUGAGGACCUGGACAGACGGUACAACAUGGAGAAGGAGAAGUUGUACAAGAUUCGCUUACUGCAGGCACGAAGAAAUCGAGAGAUAGCGAUUUUGCAUCGCAAGAUUGAUGAAGUGCCCAGUCGAGCAGAGCUGAUACAAUAUCAGAAGCGAUUUAUUGAACUCUACCGUCAGAUUUCCGCAGUGCACAAGGAAACCAAGCAGUUCUUCACUUUGUACAAUACCCUGGAUGACAAAAAGGUUUAUCUGGAAAAGGAGAUUAGCCUGCUUAACUCAAUUCAUGAGAACUUCUCACAAGCCAUGGCCUCCCCUGCUGCCCGGGACCAGUUCUUAAGGCAAAUGGAACAAAUCGUCGAAGGCAUUAAACAAAGCAGGAUGAAGAUGGAGAAGAAGAAGCAGGAGAACAAGAUGAGGAGAGACCAGCUGAACGAUCAGUACUUGGAGCUCCUGGAAAAGCAGAGGCUCUACUUCAAGACGGUGAAGGAGUUCAAGGAGGAGGGCCGAAAGAAUGAGCUAUUGCUGUCCAAAAUCAAAGGCAAGGCCUCCUGAAAACCCGUCUCCAUUUCUGUACGUCGCUGGUAUUUUUUUAAUGGCAUGUAUAGACUACAAGAUCCUGAAACAGUUCUGAAAAUGAUGGUGGAGAGAUCCGGGAAGAUUCAUCUCAGCUCUCCGGACACAUGUUUUCCUUCUAUUUGUUUCAUCUCGUCUCUCCUGGCUGC